GAGCGUUUGAAGCUUGCUGAAGCCAUCAUUUGUGGUCUGAUAUAUCUCCAUUGCCAUAACCUUGUCCACUGUAACCUAACAUCUUCAUGUGUUAUCUUGGAUGAAAAUAAUACUCCAAAGUUUCGAAGUGCUGGUUUAGUUAGAGUUGGAGUAGAUAAUACAGCUAACAACUCAGUUUCUGAAAACGCUGUUCGUUGGAUGGCCCCGGAAUUACUCACAGGCAGUCCUCCUUCUUUUAAAUCUGACAUCUUUAGCCUUGGAGUCAUCCUAUGGGAGAUAUUAGCCAAUGGAAGCUAUCCGUACAAGGAAUUGGUGGACAAUGCAUCCAUCAGUGAAAUGGUACUUAUGGGGUAUCGAAACCUCUUUCCAAAAGACGUGCUCCCCAGUUACAGAAAGCUUGUUGAGAACUGCUGGCAAAAUGAUCCAGAUGACCGUCCAAAAUCUAUUGAACUACUU